GCAAUAAAGCAAAUUCGAGUGGAAAUCAAAACAACGAAACACAUACGCAUAGCGGGCGGAACGCGGUUAGUUGGGCAAUGAAAGCUACAAAACAUUGCCAUAGAAAUUGAGGUGCGCCGUGUGGAGUGGGGUGGCAGCAAGGUGUUUGAUUAGCCAGCUAUUUGAAUUGCUGACUAGCCAUUGAGCGCCCCAAAAUAAUGCUCACAGUGCGCGCUCUAAACUUUUUUCGCCUAAAUACGCUCAGCGCUGGCGCUGACGCUGAGCUAUUUACAUUUUCGUUUUGGCGACGAGUAAACAGUUCGGCGUGAACUGUUUUGUGCUUGUGGCGGGUGUGAUUGAAUUCUGAUUUUUCGAAAUUAAAUUAAAGUUAACGGCAGUAUUUAGUGAAAAUAUAUUUUCGUAAUUUUUCGGAAUGACUACACACGAAACGCAAACAUACGAAGUGACAUAGUGAUUUGUGCAGAAAAGAGCUCUCACAGGCGAAAAGGGACUAUUUUCUAAGAGCGGUAACGGGAUUUAAAACAAAAUAAAUCAAGUGCAAAUUACAUUCGAAACGAAGCGUGAAGAAACAAGCAUAAACGCUCGCAGCAGAAAUAGAAUGUGUCUAAUUUAUGGGUACACAUAAGAGCUCUCUUUCUUAUUGGUUUUAUUAAUUUGUAAUCAUAAACGCGCUACACGCAACUACCUUUACACCGUUUAACGGCACAUCCGGCGGAAAUUCGUUUUGGGCUAUAUUCAUAUUGGCGGCGAACGAAAUGCAUAGUGGAGCUGGCAAAUACAUACACAAACACCACUAGUGGGUGGAGCAACAAGUGCUCUGCGAAAAUUUUGUACGCAACAAACGGCGAAGAGUUCGUGCUGCCCUUAUUUGCGGAAGUCUGACAAAAUGUCUGUGGAUAACCCAUAUUACUUCUACAAUGACAGCAAGUCGCCGCGCACGCCGGACUCGCAGAGCUCCAAUAAGACGUUUUCCAUAUUCAAGCGCCGCAAUUCGAAAGGCAGCAGUCCGCGUGUCAUCAUACCGGAACAAACGCGGCUAAUCACUUCGGCGAAUCUCGACUCGGCAGCUACAAUGGCGUUAGGCAGUCCGCGCGGCAGUUUCGGCUCUCUGGGCGGCUUCUCACAACAAUCUUUUGAAAUGCAGCCAUUGAUGUAUCGUCAGCGUUCGUCGAACUCACACUCGGAGACGUUCCGCGAACGGCUGGGCUCCUACAACGAGUCUAAUGCCUCGACGUGCGGACUUGGUGGCGGAGGCGGUGGUGCAGGCAGUGACUUUGAUGAUGUCUUUUGCAUGUCGCCCUCAAGCAAACAUCAUCACACUCUGCCGAACAGCAAUGCACGUCGUCACUCCUUCGGCAAUUGGCGGCAGGCGAGCGAACGUCAUCACCACAAGAGCACGGGAGUCACCAUACCGGAUGAGGUGCCGAAUAUGAUGGCCCCACGACCGCCCGUCUUAUCGCCUAACAAAUAUCGCGGUUUACAUCGACGAAGAGAUAACUGCGGCACAGUAAGCAACUCAUCAUCCAACAGCUCGGGCGCCUACAAUAUGGACGACAUACUCAUUAUCACGGCGAAGCACAGCGAACGCGCUAUAUUACGCGCCAAUUUCCUGAAGAAUCAUUUCGACAAAAUCACAAAGCAGCGUGGACGCAAGCCUUUCAACUUUUUGCACAUCAAAAUCGAAGAUGGUCCCUUCAGUGAGGAGAUUGCACACAAAUACCAAAACACCGCCUUACAGAUCGUCAUACUCUGUCCAGCGCUAUUGGCACUCUCACACUCAUUUCUUCUCUCACAACUAACUGCCAUUAUACGGGUAGAGAAGGUACUGGGCAUCCUUUUGGAUAUUUCGGAGGAUAAAGUCAAGGAGAUACAAAAAACGGCACUGCCAAGCUACUACAAAUGGCGUCGGUGCUCCAUACGCGACAAUGACCAAGCGCAGAUCAGCAAUAUACUCGGCAUAGCUACGGACAUUUUGGGUCGCGCACUAUGUCAACGACCACCGUUUCACGAUCACAGCAGCAUUUCGCGUAGUUUCUCGAGCUGCUCAGAAGGUUUCACAAUACUACCGAAGAAAGUGAAGAUCGGACAGAAUAAAGUCGUGGCAAUUUUAGCCGAACCACUAGAAAAAGAUGACACUAUCAAGAUAAUGGUGGAGAAAUCUGGGGAGCUAAUUGAAAUCAGAAAUUUCAAAUCCCGCAAUCCCUUCACAGUGCAGUUCUCGAUACCAGAGUCCUGUAUGGAAAUAUCAACUAUGGUUGAGAUACGCAUUGAAAAGAACGAGAAGAGUCUCGGCGCUCGACCUAUCAAAUGUGAAAGUCGCAUGCGCGAGCUCGAGCAGUUAUUACGCACCGAGGACUCUCCCAUCGAAUUCAUGUGCCACUCACUAGGUAUUGGACCAGCUGAACGAGAUGCGCUCGACUUACAUUUGCUGCAGUGCUUCCAAAAGAAUAUGCCACCCAAUUUUCACUUACUGAACGGUCCCUAUGAGAAACAACAUCACUUCCUGACCAUACGUGAAUCAAGCCCCGAGGAAUAUCCCACACUUUUGCAUUUUGCAGCACGUUGGGGUCUCAACCGUCUGUGCAUUCAGCUGAUGGAGUGUCCAGGUGGUGAUACCGCAUGUGGAAUACGUAAUUGUAUCGGCAAAACGCCCGCCGAACUGGCCGAUCAAGAGGGGCAUCACAAGCUAGCGACGAACAUUGUUAGUUUCUCCGAGUUUCAUGAACUCACCACAAUGUAUCACUACUUCAAAGGUAUAAGUGGUCCCAGUGGACAAACCAAUAAUAAUCAAGCAGCGGUAAAUGGUAAAAUGACUGGCAGCAAUCACAACCUCAACAAUCAGGUUAACAACAAGAUCGUUAUUGAAGCUGUAAAGUCGACACCGACGUCCCCAAAAAUGAAACAACCGAAACCACAAAAACCCGCAACACAAGAACCACAGGAAAUGCAACCUGGGGAGUAUAUGGAAAUGUCAAGUGGUUCUGAACGUGAAAAUACACCUGACGCCAAACUAAAGACAGAGACAUUAGCCGUAUCGAACCUAAAUUACAUAAGUGUGGAAGCAGAGGAUGAGAAUUUGCAAGGCUCCUCCGCUGACGUUUGCAAGAAUUUUGAGAAGGUUGUUACUACUCCUGAAGUAACUACCAACGAACUACGCAUAAGUGAACCACCAUAUUACCAAUCAAAGGAGCAGAAUAAAUCUGUUGAUGUCACGGAUUCGCCCUACCAAACGGAUAAAUUCAGUCAUGAGUGUUCACAGUUACUGGAGAGCUGCACCGGCACAACUGCCAGUAACGAUUAUGUACUCCAGCCAGCAAAUAUACCAGUACCACCCAAACCGGCUAGUACACAAACUCCAACAGUCGCAACCAACGCAGAUACUGAUGAUGGCAAUUACCUCUUUCAGCCUUCGAACCGACCAGUCGAAGACGAAUUGCUGCCACCGAAUCGUCUCAGCUUGAGUCGUUCACUAAGUUCUUCCUCUCGCGCUGGACAAAACCCCACUUAUGGCACAUUGAAACGUACCGCCUCAGACGCGUCCAGCGUCACUACACGUUCCAAUGCCGAUGAUGAAUUGGCCGAAAUCAUGCACGACUUCAAGAACAAUGUCCUCAGCAUACGCGAUGUGGAGUUGUUGGUCGAAAAAUGGAAACACCGCAACGAUGUGCAACAAAGUUUCCGGGAGAAACAAGAGCAAAUCGAUCAGUUGCGUAAGGAAUACGAUCGCAUACAGGAAAAUCUAAGAUCUCAGCUGAAACGCGAGACACCUUUUGAGAAAAUCAAGAAACUCUUCUCAAGGCACAAAUCCACAACGAAUUUGCCGGAGAAGGCUUCCUGUACUGACAGCGUGCUUGACGAAACGAAAUCUUCCAUCACAACCAGCUCAAGUUUUAAAUCUUCACAACGCCCCAUCAGCUCGUUAAGCUUGCAGAGUGUAUCUUCAUCAUCGUCUUCAGCGCGCCUCAGCACUGGCAGUAACUGCAGUGGCACAUCAAUGGGUGACUCUGGCACACACUCCGACCACGAAGAGCGACGUUUCGGAUGUCGUCUGGCAUCACCGGCCGCGCUUAUGGAUAACUAUCUUAUACCGCCACCACCACGCCCCGUGCUCACACCAAAUUCAACGCCCGGCGAAGAGCGUCAUCAGCUCGUUUUCCCCUCACCGAUAUCAUCACUCCAACGGCUAAACACACCCACAAGUCCCACCGGUGGCGAACACUACCAGAUGUUUCCCUCCAACAUCCCCGUCUACACCAGUCAGAACUUAUCGACAUCUCAGCCCAACAACUACCUGAACACAAUUAUGGAGGCCAAAGAGAAUGACGCAACUACCACUUGCAGCAACAACGGUAGCAAUCAUCAAUACCAAAAUGGCGUCACCUUACAACCCAUUAAAAUUAACGAACGCGCAAACAUCAUCUACGGCAAGCUGACGAAGGCUUCGCCACCUUGCACCUCAUUUAAACCGAAGCAAGUUGCGGUGCCCCAGGUAGGCAGCAUUGAAGUGCAGGCUGAGGUUUACCAGAAUGUCGGCGCAAACCUGGAGCAGAUCAAGGAAGUUGAGCCGGUGAAAGAGAACGGCACAAUGAUGGUAGCGGCCACCGAGUCGUCAAACUACAUGAACUGCUGAACAAAGCAAGCUGAAGUGGUCGGUUGUAAAAGUUAUUGGCGUUGAAUCUCAAGGUGAUGCAAUCAUCCUUUACAUUUCGGAAAAUUGAUAAUUGUAGGUGUUUGAUUAACAUAUGUGUUAGCUAGUUAUUAAACGCUUGCUAAGGAAAUUCGAUUUUAAAAUUUUGAACAAAAAAGUAUCAAAAUGUUGUAAAUAAGCAUCAUAUGUACCGUUAGGUACUCUAUGGUAGUACAUUUUUUUAAAUUAAAAUAUAUGUAUGUAAGUGUUAACAAAAUUAAGUGCUAGAUGUAAUUAUAAUUAAUUAAAGCUGUAAUUGUACAAUUCGAAAUGAGUAUGAACUAGUUAAAACGUUUCAAAAUUACAUAUAAGCUGAAAGAACACAAGAAAUCAAGGGUUAGGUUGGUGGCAAUUCAAUUUUCAUCGAACGCCAGAAAAACUAUUUUUAUAUGGAGACUCAUUGUUAUACUACUCGAGUAUUCUCAGACUGCUUAAUCAAAAAAGCUUAAGUCGCCACACUACGAUUUCAAGUUCGACAAAAAAAUGUUGCAUGUAAAUAAAUUUAUGUCAAGUGAAAAUUUAUUUUAUAUUGUAUUCAAUUUAUAACUGUUGAAUUAAGUUAAAUAAUUGUUUAAGCAUUUUAUCGUUAGCGCUUGUAAC